AUGGGUCCUCAACGUCGAUUGGGAAUAUACAUUGGUUUUGAUUCACCAACUAUCAUUCGCUAUCUCGAACCUAUGACAAGAGAUACUUUUACAACACGCUUUGUGGAUUGUCACUAUGAUGAGACAUUCUUCCCACCGUUAGGGGGAGAAAAGACCGUUCCUGAAGAACGGCGUGACUUAGGUCGGAACAUAUCCAUUAUGUCUCAUCUUGACCCUCAUACAACUCAAAGUGAAAAUGAAGUACGAAAGAUUGUCCACCUUCAGCAAAUUGCUAAUCAAAUGCCAGAUGCAUUCACUGACACAGGAAAAGUGACAAAAUCACAUAUACCUGCAGCAAAUACACCAGCAAGGAUUGAUAUCCCAAUCGGAUUAACCAAUGUUGCAGCAAAUGAAUCAUCUACUGCACGCCUGAAGCGAGGUAGACCCAUUGGUUCGAAGGACUCAGCUACUAGAAAGCGAAAAUCAAAAGCAUAUUACAACCCCAAUGAAAACGCUCAUGAAGAUAUUAUUGGGAAAGAGAUUGACCUUGAACCUACAAUUCAUCCAUAG